UUAAUUGAUUUUGCAUAUAGGUUAAAGCAUUCAAACUUUGAAUAUACACGUUGCUAAAUACUUGACAUAACAUUAUUUAAUUUCGUAAAUAUUGAUAAAAUGUACAUAGUAUGCAUAUACAUAUAUUAAAAAAAGCAUUUACAUCUCAUUUGUGAUUUUUUAUUGCAACACUAUUGCAGGUUGUUAAGUUCAUAUCACUGUAUAAGCCUAUAAAAUUUAUACAAUGGUUCAUAUGCGUCAGAAUAUUAAUGUUUACAAAAAAUGAUGAUGUUUAAGCUUGUAUGUUGGUAAUGAACAAGAAAAUAUAUAUACUUAGUUUUAUUUAUCACGAAAACAAUUACAAGUUUAAUAAAAAUAUAUUUUAUAUUAUAAUUACAAAUAUGUACAUAUACAUAUGUAUGUAUGAGCGCCAGCCUAUUUGUUCCAUCAAUAGGUGCAUGUAGUUUAUAUGGUUGCAUUAAGUGUUGAAUUUCGCUAUCAGUUCGCUAUGUAUAUAAUUGCGAUAAUGUGAAAGCCAUCAGUUUUCAAAUAAAUAAAUGAGAACCAACGAGAUAAUCGCAAUAAAAAUAGCCACUUUGAAUUUGCAGCUGUCAGUCUGUAAAAGUAUGACCAGAAAAUACUGACAAUUAAAUAAUAUAUGUAUAUAUUUACAACAAUUGAAAACAGGAGUUUAAAAAAGAAAGACGAAAAUCAAAAAUUUAUCCAAAAAUCUUAUUUGGCCACAAAUUUAUAAAAAUAUAUUAAAAAUGGACGUACUGGUGUUUGGUUCAGCAAUUGUUGAUUUUGUCGCAUACGCCAACCGGCUACCAAAAGCUGGUGAGACACUACAUGGCCACAAAUUCAUGACAGGAUUUGGUGGAAAAGGUGCAAAUCAAUGUGUUGCGGCAGCACGACUUGGUGCAAGUACAGCAAUGAUAGCAAAAUUGGGAGAUGAUACUUGGGGUGCCAAUUACUUAGAACAACUGCGGUCAGAGAAUGUGAAUGUUGACUUUGUCCAGCAGUGUAAAAAAGAGACGACAGGUAUUGCGCAAAUAUGUGUCUCAGAUAGUGGCGAAAAUCACAUAGUUAUCGUUGUUGGAGCAAACAAUUUAUUGAGUGGAGAAGAUGUCAAGCAAGCAAAAGCGUUGUUCGAUAAGGCCAAAAUACUAAUUUGCCAGUUUGAGACACCACUUAAUGCAACAUUAGAAGCUUUGCGUGCUUUUAACGGCAUAUCUAUACUUAAUGCAGCGCCGGCAGUGGAAGAUAUACCAGUUGAUCUAAUUAAAUCCGCUACCAUAUUAUGUCUUAAUGAAACUGAAGCAGCUAUAACAACGGGCUCUGAGCAGAUAUCAACCCUAACGCAAGCAAGAGUAGCAAUAGAACAUCUGCUAGAAAUGGGCGCUAAUAAUGUAAUUAUCACAUUAGGCGCAAUGGGUGCUGUUUAUGCUAGACGUGAAGAACCAGAGACAUUUAUACAUGUACCUGCAGUUAAAGUGAAUGAUGUUGUUGAUACAACCGGAGCUGGUGAUGCUUUUAUCGGUGCAUUAGCGUACUAUAUGGCGCAUUACCCAGAAUUCCCAUGGCAUCAACAUAUAGGCGCUGCUAACCAAGUUGCUGCCUACUCUGUAAGACACCCGGGUACACAAGCGAGUUUUCCGAAACUAGAGCAAGUGAAUAAACAGACUGAAUUUGUGUGGUUUGAGAUAUAAACAAUUGUAUAAACACAGCAUGUUAACACAAAUUUUCUUAUUUUAUUUACAAAAAUUUAUUAAAUAAAGUUUGGUUUUACUCGGCAA